CUUCCAAAUUGAGCUGGCCUCAGGCCAGGUGACCUUUUCUUUGCACUGAGUCGGAACAGGCUUCUCUCAGCCAGGCAUCUCCUCCAGUGGGAUCCGCCAGCGCGUCCAGCAGCACCAUGUGGGUGACCAAACUUCUUCCAGUCCUGCUGCUGCAGCACGUCCUCCUCCACCUCCUUCUGCUUCCCAUCCCCUAUGCAGAAGGACAGAAGAAAAGAAGAAACACACUUCAUGAAUUCAAAAAGUCAGCAAAGACUACUCUAAUUAAAGAAGACCCAUUACUGAAGAUAAAAACAAAAAAAAUGAACACUGCAGACCAAUGUGCCAAUAGAUGUAUUAGGAAUAAAGGACUUCCAUUCACUUGCAAGGCCUUUGUUUUUGAUAAAGCAAGGAAACGAUGCCUCUGGUUCCCUUUCAAUAGCAUGACAAGUGGAGUGAAAAAAGAGUUUGGUCAUGAAUUCGAUCUCUAUGAAAACAAAGACUACAUUAGAAACUGCAUCAUUGGCAAAGGAGGUAGCUACAAGGGAACAGUAUCUAUCACUAAGAGUGGCAUCAAAUGCCAGCCUUGGAAUUCUAUGAUACCACAUGAACACAGCUUUUUGCCUUCGAGCUAUCGGGGUAAAGACCUACAGGAAAACUACUGUCGAAAUCCUCGAGGGGAAGAAGGGGGACCUUGGUGUUUCACAAGCAAUCCAGAGGUACGCUACGAAGUCUGUGACAUUCCUCAGUGUUCAGAAGUUGAAUGCAUGACCUGCAAUGGGGAAAGUUAUCGAGGUCCCAUGGAUCAUACAGAAUCAGGCAAGAUUUGUCAGCGCUGGGAUCGUCAGACACCACACCGGCACAAAUUCUUGCCAGAAAGAUAUCCCGACAAGGGCUUUGAUGAUAAUUAUUGCCGCAAUCCUGAUGGCAAGCCGAGGCCAUGGUGCUAUACUCUUGACCCUGACACCCCCUGGGAGUACUGUGCAAUUAAAAUGUGCGCUCACAGUACUAUGAAUGACACAGAUGUGCCUAUGGAAACAACUGAAUGCAUUCAGGGUCAAGGAGAAGGUUACCGGGGCACCAUCAACUCCAUCUGGAAUGGAGUUCCAUGUCAGCGUUGGGAUUCCCAGUAUCCUCACCAGCAUGACAUAACUCCUGAAAAUUUCAAGUGCAAGGACCUACGAGAAAAUUUUUGCCGAAAUCCAGAUGGAGCUGAGUCACCCUGGUGUUUUACCACUGAUCCAAACAUCCGAGUUGGCUACUGCUCCCAAAUUCCAAAAUGUGAUGUGUCGAGUGGACAAGAUUGUUAUCGUGGGAAUGGCAAAAAUUACAUGGGCAAUUUAUCCAAAACACGAUCUGGACUAACAUGUUCAAUGUGGGAGAAGAACAUGGAAGACUUACACAGGCAUAUCUUCUGGGAACCAGAUGCUAGUAAGCUGAAUAAGAAUUACUGCCGGAAUCCUGAUGAUGAUGCCCAUGGCCCCUGGUGUUACACGGGAAAUCCUCUCAUUCCAUGGGAUUAUUGUCCUAUUUCUCGUUGUGAAGGUGAUACCACACCUACAAUAGUCAAUUUAGACCAUCCCGUAAUAUCUUGUGCCAAAACAAAACAACUGCGAGUUGUAAAUGGAAUCCCAACACGGACAAAUGUAGGAUGGAUGGUUAGUUUGAAAUACAGAAAUAAACAUAUCUGUGGAGGAUCAUUGAUAAAGGAAAGUUGGAUUCUUACCGCAAGACAAUGUUUCCCUUCUCGAAACAAAGACUUGAAAGAUUACGAAGCUUGGCUUGGGAUUCAUGAUGUCCACGGAAGAGGAGAUGAGAAACGCAAACAGGUUCUAAAUGUGUCCCAGCUGGUAUAUGGGCCUGAAGGGUCAGAUCUGGUAUUACUGAAGCUUGCUAGGCCUGCUGUCCUGGAUGAUUUUGUUAGUACAAUUGAUUUACCUAAUUAUGGAUGCACCAUUCCUGAAAAAACCACUUGCAGUGUUUAUGGCUGGGGUUAUACUGGAUCAAUCAACUCUGAUGGUCUAUUACGAGUAGCACAUCUCUAUAUUAUGGGGAAUGAGAAAUGCAGCCAAUACCAUCAAGGGAAGGUGACUCUGAAUGAGUCUGAAAUAUGUGCAGGUGCCGAAAAUAUUGUGUCAGGACCAUGUGAGGGAGAUUAUGGUGGCCCACUUGUUUGUGAACAACAUAAAAUGAGAAUGGUCCUUGGUGUCAUUGUUCCUGGUCGUGGAUGUGCCAUUCCAAAUCGUCCUGGCAUUUUUGUCCGAGUAGCAUAUUAUGCAAAAUGGAUACACAAAAUUAUAUUAACAUAUAAGAUACCACAGUCAUAGCUGAUGUAACUGUGUUUGAGGCUUGCAUCAGUACAAUUCCCUUUUACAUGAAGAUUUCGGAGAACAUGGAAUUAAAGUGUCACUGAAAACAAUCCUGAGACAACUACUUGAGUGUCAUGUUUGUUAAGAUACUCAUUAAUAUUUAUGGGUGUUUUCUGUCGUUUCGUUUGUCAGUGUUAUUUUGUAAAUGUUGAAGUGAAUUAAGGUACAUGCAAGUGUAGUAACAUAUCUCCUGAAGAUACUUGAAUGGAUUAAAAACUGCAAAGGUAUAAUUGCUGGAUGAUAAAAGAUUUAAUGGAAAAGUUCAAUUACUCUCUCUAUGCUGCUUUCCAAGAUUAAUUUCUUAAUAAUGAAUAAACCAUGAGUUAAACAUUAUUUUAACCUCACAAAGACAAUUUAUACCUGUGCCCUUAAACUGUAGCUCUAUAUUAAAUUAUAUUACCUUUCAUACGCAAUACACUAUAUUUCAUUCAUUCCUCCUCACUGUGUAUCUUGUAAUACUGGUACACAUACUUUUUAUGAAUUCAUGUACCCAUAUAAUCCUACCUGGGUGCACAUGUGCAUGCACUAGAGUUCAAAUCGUGGUAUAUCUAAUGUAGCCUCUAAAUAUUUUGAGGGCUUACCUAUAUAGUUUGUCCUUAAGAGGAAACUAUAAAUGUCUAAAGACCAGUAGAAAAUUUAAGGAAAGGUGCAAGACAGAAGUGACCAGCUCAUUCUCUAGAAAUAAUCUGCAGAUGAUUUCUACUGGUUGGCAUUUAAGGUGUGGUCAUGACCCACAAAGUUAAGUAAUGCCUAAUCUAGGUGUUUAAACAUAUUUAUCAUCCUAGUCAUUGUGUAGUUUCUAAUUCUUAAAAGGAAGAGGGUAAUAUGUGUAUUAGUAUUAUUUCUUUCCUUCAAAUUUAGGGACACUUAUUUAUGAAAGAUAUUUUUAGAUCUACUUUCCUAAAAUACUUUUUACUAGUCUUAGAUAAUUGUGUAAUUGAAGCUUAAAAAUGUUUCGGUCUUUAAAAUGUAUUUAAGUAGGUUAAUUAUAAGACUUGCUGGGUGAUUGGCUUGUAGUUCGCCUUCUUUGAAUUUUUAAAGAUUAUUUCAGAGGAAAAUUUCCAUGUAUCCCCAAAGAUUUGUAAAGAGACUUCCAUCAAACUAUGCAUUACAGUACAUAUUGAAGAAAAAAA